UGUGUGUGUUGCAUGUGUCUGUGUCGGCCCGUCCGGAGGUUGAAAGGCCCGUGACCCGUGGUCAUCGCUACGGAAACUCUCAUCUGACGCCGAACUAUUGUGUCUGCGCUCUCACAGGAGGAAAUAGUUCCUGAGCGCCGCCCGUUUCCAGGGGGAACUUUUAUAGGGGGCGGAACCUGAAAGGGUCAGAGGUCACAUCAGCCUGUUACUGUGAAGAGUGAUGAGCUAUAAAGAGGCCGACGAUUAAACGCGACACAAAGCGCAAAAAUGUGAGCGUGCGUGUGACAUGUUCAUCCUGAAGUGAAAGAGUUGGUGUGUAUCAGCUGGAGAAAUGAGAAUCUGCGCUCAGUGUGGAGGCCGUGACGUGUGUGAGGGGCGGGGCGUCGCUCACGGCAACCGUUAGCGAUGUGUGACAUCAUAGCGAUGUUUCUUAAAAGGCCGGGUGUUGCACCGGCUCCGACAGAGACCCGUCCUGAAGCCGUACAGGGCAGAACCCGAGCCGAAAGCACCGGACAGAUAUUUACUUCUCUUUAAAAACAAGGAUGGCUUUUUCAUCUCCUCUAAACUUUACCUCCUCUCUUCAUCCUGCCCUCCUCGUGUUUCUCAUCAUCACCAUGACAACGCAGAUAGAGGGACGGCCAUCGCCACGCCAAUCAGACGCACAGGUUCUGCAGGAUUUGUUUGGGCUGAAGAUCGGCUCUCUUCUAUUGGCUCAUCCAGAGGUCAUGGAGGGGUCAGCAGACUCCGCCCCCCCGCUCUUGCCCCGCCCCCCGCCACACGUGUUCCUGGACGUCCUGAACCGGCACCGGAAGCUGCAGGGCCGGAGCCGGAAGGGAAUGGCGCGGGGGUGCUUCGGGAUGAAGGUGGACCGGAUCGGGGUCAUCAGCGGUCUGGGAUGCUGACGCACACACAGGUGAGCGCGAGGAUCAUACAGACCUUCACCUGCGAACAUUACACAAUCCUUCUGUUCUGAUGCUGCCUUCACAAAAGUGUUCGUGUUGUUUUAGCAUCUGCUGGAUAAUUUUCAGUCAACGGCUUUAAUGUGACCAUCUGCAACAACAAAACUCACAGCUUUGGCCUUUUACACUGAACUGAACGCAGAACUUGACAUAUUUGUCGUUUUAAGAUGCUGAGGUUUACUCAGCUGAGUGUGUGAGUGUGUGUGUGUGUGUGUGUGUGUGUGUGUGUGUGUGUGUGUGUGUGUGUGAGA